GUUUAUUCUAUCUGUAGCUCCCCGUCUACUCACUGAAGCGCGAUGAACGGGGUGACGUCAAGUGCGGCGGAUAUUCUCGAUGACCAAGAUGCAUCGGGGAGCUCCAUUGGCGCCCCGUCGUAUCCUGUUGAGCCGAUGGCAGUCUAUACGGAGGAGGAGGUUCGGCGCCUCAGCGCCAUGGCCAAGCAGACCAGCACCAUGUGGAAUCUCUACGUGAGCGCUAACACGCACGCCGCCCACGCACAGGCAGAGAGGUGAAUCAGGGCGUUCUGUCUGCAUCUGCCUGUUGUCUGCAGCCGGAGUUGUUUCCCGGCGUCAAUCUGGAGGCGAGCGUGCCGAUCCUCGUGGAUAAGUACCACUACGGUAAGUCACUGAAGUAUGGCCAGUCACAGCCAGCUGUGACGUGACUGUCCUGCUCGGCUCUCUCUGUGCUUUGCCUUCACAGGCGAUUUCUGUUGGAGUCCUGUUAUCUCUGCCCCUUGGAUAGCCGAGCUGAUGGAUCACGGCUUCAUCACCAUGGCCGAGAGGCUCCGCAUCCGCACCGCGCCCGCACGAAGACCCGCCCCCAAACUCUCCCCGUCAAGCAGCAGCAGCAGCGCCGCCGCCGCUGCUGCCAGCGGCAGCACACGGACCAACGAGAGUAGAGAUGGCGACAGGGGUGGUCUCGGUGGCAGUGUUGUGCGAGAUGUGUAUCUGCUGCUGCCGAAGCUUCAUCGGGAGAGGUGUGUGUUGAUGCCUGACGGGCGGCACCUGCACGUGGGCAAGAAGGUCAAGAAGCGGAGCAAGAUGUUCUGGGCGACCGUCGACCAAGCAUUCGAUCAGGUGGGUGGGGAGGGAGGGAGGGUGUGCCUUCUCGCCGAUCGCAGGCAGCUGUGGCGUUUGGUGUUGUGUGUGGGUGCACAGGUGGUUGAGGGCUGUCACGAGCAGCACGGUGAGAGUCAGAGGCACGCACCUGCACACCAGCACUCUCCCUGCAUCUCUGUUGUCCCUUCCUAUGUUCCCUCAGGCUUCAACUGGCUCCACCCUCCUCUCGUCAGAGUCAGAACCACACAACGACACACACAGACAUACACACACACAUCGAGCAUUGAUUUCUUCCCUCCCCCUCUGCCCCUUUGCCAUUCAGGAGUUCCGUCAGAUGUUCUUCAACGGCGUGGGCCGCGACCGCGGCAUCCACCUGCACUCUUUCGAAGUCUGGCAGAAGAAACCAUCGCGCACACAGGACGGCGAGGAGGGGGAGAGAGAGGGGGCGGACACCUCCCUGCUGCUGGACGGCGACGCAUCGUCGGGGGAGGUGACGAUAGACGACAUGCAGCUGGUGGCGGGGGAGCUGGGAGGUACGCCUGUGAGCUCGCUUCUUCUUUCGUCAGCCUGUGUGUGUAUGGUUGUUGUGUGUUGUUGUCUGUCAGUUCGUGUGGGUGGUUGUUACACGAGCCUGACGGGGUUCUACCGUGGCGACUCGGCCGGCAGCAUACAGCUGGCCGUCACGGGCAAACUGCUCGAACAAGAGGGUACUCACAAAGCCAACAUCUCCCCCAUCUGAUUUGCAUCUCUCUCUCUCUCUGUGUGUGUGUGUGUGUGUUGAUGCGUCCGGCAAGGGUUUCUGUUGUGGGACUUGGGCAUGUUCAUUCAGUACAAGCAAGACAUGGGCGCCAUCGUAAUUCCCAGAAGAGACUUCGUGCAGAGAUUCAACGCUGCAAGAACCAAGGUACACGGUUUUCGGCCUGUGGCUCUCUGUGGCUGGCCGCUCUUCAUCUGUGUGUGUGUGUGUGCAGCGUGAGUGUCGUUUGCUGAUGCCCCGACCAGUCAACUGUGCCGACAUCAUCAAGAAGGAGCCCCCCGUCGCCCCAACCGACAACAAUCCCACCUUUGCUGCUGCUCCUGAUGGAGCUGCUGCUGCAGGUAUGUGUAUCCAAGCCAAGCCAGCCCAGAGCAUUGACCAUGCACACUGCCUCUCUCUUUGUGUCUUUGCCCACACAGCGUCAGCUUCAGCGUCAGCGUCUGCAUCUGCAUCUGCUCCCACGCCCAUGGCCACCUCCCCGCCCCUCAACCCCACACAACCACACCCUCACCAGCACCAACAGCAACAGCAACAGCAUGACAACACACAGCCGAGCAAGAAGGAGAAGAAGAAGAGCCAGCGGAAAAGAAGGCUCGAGCACAACAAGGCAAACACAAACACCGCCAGCAGCAAGGCAGACGACAUGCAGCAAGGGGAGCAUGUUGCUGCUGGUGGUGAGGAAGCGCAAGGGCGAGAGGGAGGGGGUGAGGGUGUGGGUGUGGGUGUGGUGAGGGUGGCAGAGCUGGUCGGUGAUGACGAUGACGGGUGGUAG